AUGUCGAGCAGCGAAGAGAUUCUCCGAGCCAUCGAAGAAUACUUGGGCGAACCCUCCGCCACCGAGACGCAGUCCGCGCCACCGGCUCCGCCACCAGAGCCGCAACAGCAGCCGCCACCGCCGAGGGUCGGAACGACCAUCCAGAGGUCCGACCGGGUCAACGAGCAGAAGCGGCUGAUGCUCUUGGCCCAAUCGCCGCCACCACCUGGGCGUAGGCCAAUCCGGCCUUACGAAAGGCCGCCGAAACCGCUGCUGAAGACCGCAGCCGAACCGCCGCCAAAAGAGAUCCUGCGGCCGAUAGGACCGCUGACCGCGCCGCCCAUCAAAGUGGAGAUCGAGUCCGGCCUGAUCGUCGAGGUGCCGCAUUUCGCGAAAGGAGGUAGAGUGAACUCUUCCUCCAUCGAGUGCUCUCGAUCCACAAAGCCAGAUCACUUCCAUCCGAUCUUCAUAAACCCGACCGAAGAACAGGAAUCCGAGUGA